CCGGCCCGGCCGCGCCCCCCCCCUCCCCGUCAUCUCCUUCACCUUUGACCACCCAUCGCCCCCCUCUCCGCCUCUCCUGAGCUCUCCCCUCCGAGAGAAGGAGAGCUCGGAAACCAACCAAACCCUAACUCUAAUCCCCUCCAUCAAACCCUAGUCCCCUCGUAACCCCUCCGCCCUCGAUCCGGCGUUUUCUUCCGCGGAAAGGGAGUCUUCUUUGUGAUCUCGAGCCUCCCCUCGAUCCCUCCGCGCUCUCCUCCAGCCCCCGUGCAUCCGAUCUUGUUCCUUUUCUUCGUAGCCAUGGCGAUUCGCAUCACCGUCGCCUAUUCCACCUACCUGGCCCAAUCCCUCGCCGCCUCCGCCAGCCUCCGCUGCGGCAGCUGCCGCCUCUUCCACGACUUCGCCGGCCGCGUCCCCCUCGCCCUCUUCGCCGGCCACCGCCGCUCCGACAAUGAUCAUCCCCCGCCCCCGGCCCCGGCCGUUCCCAAUCGGUUUAGGGCUUCCGAUUGGUCCAAGACCCCAGCUUCCAGGUUCUCCUCCUCGUCUUCCUUUUCCAAGGAUCCCUCGGUGAAGGAUCGCUGCAUGCCGAAUCUGACUGUUGGGUUGCUCUCUGUCAUGGUUUCCGGAUCCGGUUCAUCGAAGUCCGGCGUUGGAAUUUUUGGGAUCUCGUCUUCCGUGGCGAUGGGGUUCAAUCCCUCGUCACUGCUCCCGUUCUUUCAGGCGACGAAGUGGUUUCCUUGUAGUGAGUUCCUCCUGGGGUCGCCGAGAAGUACCCCGGUGGAUAAGGGAGGGACAGUUCCCAGCGACAACAAUAAGGGUGGGAUGGUUUCUGGUGAGGGAAGUGGGGCUAAGGAGAGUUCGAGCUCCAUGUUGACUGCGAAGGAGUUGGGUAGCAAGCUCAGGGAAAUGAAUUCGGGUGAGAGGCUUGGGUGGCUUUCGCGGUGGAUGAGCUCCUGCUCAGAUGACUGUAAGAUUGUUUUUGCAGCGCUGACUGUUCCGCUGCUGUCCGGGUCAUUCUUGGCAGAGCCAAGAUCGAUCCCUUCUAGGUCUAUGUAUCCGACUUUUGAUGUUGGAGACAGGAUUCUGGCAGAAAAGGUCUCCUAUGUAUUCAGAGAGCCAGAAGUUACAGACAUUGUCAUCUUCAAGGUUCCUCCAAUUCUUCAGGAAAUUGGAUACAAUUCAAAUGAUGUCUUCAUCAAAAGGGUUGUGGCUAAGGCAGGGGAUUAUGUUGAAGUGCAUGAUGGUAAAUUGUUGGUGAAUGGUGUUGUCCAAGAUGAAGAGUUUGUACUGGAGCCUCUUGACUAUGAAAUGGAUCCAGUGCUUGUACCUGAAGGUUAUGUCUUUGUGCUGGGUGACAAUCGGAAUAACAGCUUUGACUCUCAUAACUGGGGUCCGCUUCCUGUCAAAAAUAUUCUUGGAAGGUCCGUAUUUCGAUAUUGGCCGCCAUCAAAAAUAUCAGACACUAUUUAUGAACCAAAUGCAAUGCAAAAUGUGCUGGAAGUUUCUUGACACAUCCCCUUCCGCUUGAAGAACAAGAUUCUGACUAGUAAGGUGGAUUUUUCAAGAGUCCUGCCCAGAGCUCACUUUGAUUUUUCUUUUGUUUUGUUGUUUAUCCCUGGAAAGUAACUGUUCGUAUGAAAUCCUUGAUUUUUUUUUUUUGUUUUUCCCUGCCUGCCCCAUGGGCAGAUGUUUGCUUAAGCAUCUCUCAUCAUUGUCAUUUGGAACACAUCUUGUGUCAGUUGUGGCCGAUGAAGGAGCAGUGCAUUUUUUUAUUAAUCCCCAAAUUUCACGUUGCA